GAUUUACCAAGAGGGCUCCGAGGCCAGCGCUGCCGUAGUGGCCGGCGAAACCCACACCCACCACAAGCUAGAAGAAGGGAUCGACCCCAGCACCAUUGAAACGAACGAGGAAAUCGAGAUCGCCUAUCCCAUCACCUGCGGGGAGAGCAAAGCCAUCCUGCUCUGGAAGAAGUUUGUCUGUCCAGGAAUUAAUGUCAAGUGUGUAAAGUUCAAUGACCAACUGAUCAGCCCGAAGCAUUUUGUUCACCUGGCUGGGAAGUCUACCCUAAAGGACUGGAAGAGAGCCAUUCGCCUCGGAGGAAUCAUGCUGAGGAAGAUGAUGGACUCGGGGCAAAUUGACUUCUACCAGCACGAUAAAGUUUGCACCAACACCUGUCGAAGCACCAAGUUUGAUCUCCUGAUCAGCAGCGCCAGAGCACCGGUGCCGGGGCAGCAGAGCGUGGUGCAGACUCCUACGUCGGCCGACGGGAGCAUCACCCAGAUCGCGCUGUCGGAGGAGAGCAUGGAGGAGGGGAUCGAGUGGAACUCGGCUCUGACGGCUGCCGUCACCAUGGCCACUGAGGAAGGCGUGAAAAAGGACACGGAUGAGAUCUCAGAGGACACGCUGAUGUUCUGGAAAGGAAUAGCUGAUGUGGGGCUGAUGGAAGAGGUUGUGUGCAACAUCCAGAAGGAGAUAGAAGAAGUCCUAAGAGGUGUCCAGCAGAGGCUGGGCUCAUCCCCGUGCGCUUUCCUUGUAGAUGCUGCGGUCUUGAACAACGUUGCCCACACGUUUGGCCUCAUGGACACAGUCAAGAAGGUUCUGGACAACAGGAAAAACCAGACGGAGCAAGGAGAGGAACAGUUCCUUUACACGCUGGCAGACCUGGAGCGGCAGCUGGAAGAGCAGAAGAAACUUGCCAAGGACCAGAAGGCAAAGUCCCAAACCAUCCAGAACGUGGUGCUGAUGCCCGUCAGCGCUCCCAAACCCCCCAAGAGACCCCGCCUGCAGCGCCCAGCCUCCGCCACCGUCCUCAGCCCCUCCACCCCUAUCCAGCAGCCUCAGUUCACCGUCAUCUCGCCCAUCGCUAUCGCACCCGUCGGACAACAGUUUUCCGUGGGCAACAUCCCAGUGGCAACCAUUAGCCAAGGCUCCAGCCCGGUGACUGUUCAUACCUUGCCGUCUGACCUGGUGUCCAGGGAGUCCGGCCCCCCUUCCACCAUCCAAGCCGUGGAAGGCACCUCGGACGACGGGCAGACCAUCAUAGAGAUCGACCCGGCGCCAGAUCCCGAAGCAGACACGGAUGAGUCAGAGGGCAAAGCUGUGAUCCUGGAGACGGAGCUGAGGACUGAGGAGAAAGUGGUGGGAGAUGUGGAGGACCAUCAGCACCAGGUCCAUAAUGUGGAGAUUGUG